AUGUUCCUUCCCGAAUACUCUCUCGACGUCGAUGAAUUCAAUCUUGUGCUAAUCAUUUUUUCGGGUACUGUAAUUAGUUUGGCACUGGUUGCACUGGUCAUUCUAUACUGUCAAAUGAGCUGUGGAUGUUGUAAGAAGCGUGGAGCUUAUCAGCCGACGGAGAAACGCAGGCACAGUAAUAUACCACAGGUUAUGGUCACACAACACAGAGAAAAGACGCCCCUCUCCAUCGACUGCCCAGAUUUGGAUUUCAUCGACGCCCGUAACACAAAUCUCGUAUCCUCAACUGUUCAAGUGGAUUCAGUUCAUCAAACCCCAAGACUUUCAUGA